AUGGUGGCAAUGGGACUCAACGGCAGUUGUAAAAAAGCGUUGCAGAGAGUGAAGCCUUAUGGGGCAAUGAUGUUGGUUCAGUUUAGCUUUGCUGUUAUGUACGUAAUUUUAAUGGUGACUUUUAAGAAAGGCAUGAACCAGUCUGUGAUGUUCGUGUAUCGUAGCGUUGUUGCUGCGGCUGUCAUUGCGCCGUUUGCGCUCUGCUUUGAAAGGAAUGGGGAAUCUAAAAUGACACUGGUCAUUUUUGUCAAGGUUAUGGCCCUUGGAAUACUUCAGCCUGUUCUUGAUCAAAACUUCUAUUUUCUGGGAGCCAAGGCCACCUCGACAAGCUUUGCUUCUGCACUUGAAAACAUCAACCCAGCCAUUACCUUUAUCAUGUGCCUUCUUCUAAGGUUCGAGAAGUUAAAUAUUCGAAGAAGGCAUGGCCUUGCCAAGCUCAUUGGAGCACUCCUGACUGUGAUUGGUGCCAUUUUGAUGAUUCUAUACAAAGGUCCCUUGGUGGAAUUCUUCUGGUUAAAAGGAAGAGAGAAGAAUAGCACUUCCGGUCAUGCCAAUGGGGAAGCAGCAAGCAACGUGGGAUGGAUUAAGGGCACAUUAAUGGUUUUAGUGAGCUGCUUCAGCUGGUGUUCCUUCUUGAUCCUACAAACAAACACAUUGAAAUCAUACCCUGCAAAACUAAGCCUGACAGUUAUGGUAUGCUCUAUUGGUGCGGUGACAAACGCUGUGAUUGCUCUUGUGGUGGAGCAGGGAAGCUUUCGGCCGUGGGUUUUAGGCUGGGAUAUGCGGCUUUUUGCUGUGACAUAUUCGGGGGUAGUCUGCACUGCGUUCUUGUACUUUGUGCUUGGGAUGGUGAUGAAGGAGAAGGGCCCAGUUUUUGCGAGUGCCUUCAAUCCUCUAACAAUGAUCAUUACUAAUGUGUUGAGCUCGAUCUUUCUAGCAGAAAGGACUGCUCUCGGAACAGUUAUCGGGGCAAUUGUCUUAGUAGUUGGUAUGUACUUAAUUUUAUGGGGUAAAAGCAAUGAUGUUUUGACUAAAUUGGAGAAUAAGGAAGGCAUCGAGGGAAUAGAGCUCCAUAUGGUUGCACCCAAUAUUAUCGAUGGGGGUUCUCCUCUGAGAGCUGAAUCCAUGGUGAUCGAGAUUCAAAAAACAGAGAAUGAAAUUCCAGCAUAA